AUGGUGCAGUCAGUGCACGUCUUGAUAAUCUCCUCACAUGCCACCUCAGCGCGGACAGCCGGCGUCGUCCGCAGACAGUACAGAAAUGUCAGCCCAGUGCUCGAGGGUUCCUGGCUGAACGCAUGGAGGACUACCUGCAACGUCAACCGGCCCCCAAGGAUUGAAACUUUCGAGGGCCAACAGGAUCUGGACAAGGGUGACGGCCAGAGGUGCAUCAACAGAUCGAAGCUGUUCGACCUUUCCAUGACAUGA